AUGUCUGAAAUCUCCGCUCAGCGGCCUACUGUCCUCAGCGAUGUUUUCAACCUGCCCCUUCCAAAGCCUCCUGCGAUGAGGAAUAGCAAAACAUCAUCAUCGACCAAAGGUCCGACGGAUUCACAAAGAGACAUGAUACAGCACAAGCAACUACAGUGGGUCGUAUACGAUGAAGAUUUGGCCGAACGACUCGUCAAGAAAGCCGACGCGAUAGCGGCGAAAGUCAAGAUUGACGAGCGCGACGACGAUCUGCGGACCAGCUGGCGUGGAAGAGUGUAUCCUCUGCAUACACCGACUCUUUUAACUGGUAUAAUAAAUAGUGAAGAAGACGCUCGGGAAUGGAUCCACCAAGUACUUGUACACCCAGCCCUGGCCUGUAUAAGAGCUACGUUGGACAAUGGUAUCGGCGGUAUACUAGGCGAUCGGUUGUACAUUGCUUCUUCGCCAGCGCAGCAGAACAAAGCCAUCGCCGACGGCCUCUUUUAUACUGAUCCGCACGCAGAUGAACGGGUCCUUUGCUUCGAAUACAAAACCCCCAACUCUCUGAUAUACAGAGUGACCCCUAUAUUGCUGACGGUGCAUCAAGCAACGCUUUUAACAAGCUAUGAAACUACCGUCUUUUUCUACCGCGCACCUGAUCAGCCGAACACCCUGUUUAUGUCCAAGCAAUAUGUACUCCAGCCUGGAGAGUCCUAUCAUUCCCCUCUGGCGGCCAUCUAUGCGUGGAUGCUGUCCGCUCUGGGUCAUCUUGAGGUUGAAUUGCCAAGAAUAGACGCAGACUGGAAGAAGAAAAUCGCGGCUUUUCCUGCUAUUAGUCACGGACUCGACACAAGUUCCGCUAAGAGCGUAGGAGAAAGUUUGAGAGGAGCACAAGCCCGACUUGAGAGUGGCACUGGCCGCGAAACCAGGAGCAUUGCUAGCUAUCGCCGCGAUCGCCUAGACAUGCACGUGAACCCGGAGUCGCCCCGCGGGGAAGAGCAUCUGGAACACGAAACCCCCGCCGACUCUGACACUAGUCCGUCAGGGAGGAUAACACCUCCACCCCUUCCACUGAGCCCUGAUACGACGCCCAGAGCGCCUAGGGUGGCGCCGAGAUCUGCCCACCCCGCCCAGCAGCCGCCUCCGUCCAUGACACCCACUGAGGAUCGCCAAGAGGGUCUGAAUAGUGCCUCGUCCGGAACGCUGAUUGUACAUUGGUUCAAUUACAGCUACCUCCCACUAAGGGGUAGCAUUAACGGUGGUUGGACGCGGAGGCAGUAG